AUGAGUGGACCUCCGAAAAAAUAUUGUAUUUUUGGUUGUGAUGCUUUAGUUGCACACGGUGUACCCCAACAUCGAUUUCCAAAUCCUGAGAAGCGUAUUGGAGACAAACAUACAGAAACUGAUCCUAAGAAAAUAUAUGCUAAUAAAAGGUUAUUCUCGACAAUUGGAUCGUGGCACCCAUCUCUACCGCUUUUGGCUAUUGGUUCAUACAAUCAGGAGAAGGGUGGAUUUGUGACCAUAUUUCAAGAGAACGGACAAGCAUUAGAAGGUUGUGAUUGGCCAACUCUUUUGUCUAACCAGGUCACUGCUUUGGCCUGGCAUCCUACAAGAAAAUUACUUGUUGUUGGUUGGGAUGGUGGAGAAUUAUAUAUAUGGCUGGAAUAUUCUUGGGCGAGACUGGAAGCACCUCAUAGUACUGCUUUAACUUCUAUAAACUUUAGCUCUGGUGGAGGAAGGUUGAUUGCAUCUGAUGCUGCUGGUUCUUUGUCAGGCUGGCAGUCGAGCUCUGGUGCCCCAUUAACAGCUUUCCAUCAGCAGCUAAGUGAUGUUAUCACACACAUAAAAUUUUGUUCUCCACAUACUAGUUCUGAAUCCUCUAUUAGAGGCCUAGCAAGAGCUGCAGUUGCUGGUGAUGAGAAUGCUUUGGAUGCUUUAGCCGCCUGGAGACCCAGAACAACUGCUAGAAUAAGAGAAGGCUUACAGCCAGACAACCAUGCAUGCUAUGCUGCUCAAGACAGUGGCAUUAUUUUGUAUAUUGAUCAUGCAGGAGAUGGUAAUGAGGUUCAGAUUUGGAUGUCCAACAAGGAAAGUGAAAUUAAAUUUUCCCUAGUGCGCACUUUCAUUUGGAAAACAGAUGUCCUUAUAUUAUAUCAUGAUAUACUAGUUGGCAUUGUCAACCCACAUGUUGAAUGUUACAAUUUAUUAGGGAAUAAGUUGGGAAUACUACCUAGCAGUGAAGGGGAAGUGGCAUAUAACCUAUCCGAUUUUGUGUUUUGUUCACUUCACACGCCAUAUGUUGUCAUUUUGACGCAACAAAGCAUAAAGCAAGUACUGAUGCAGGGAUUCGAUGACGAGAAUAAUCAGGACCCAUCAAAGUGUAAGCAAGUGUUAAACUUCCUUUACUACAUGACAACUGGUAACCUGGAGAAGGCCGUUGUAGUAGGCUCGAAAAUAACCUCAGCCGGUAAAAGUACAUUGAUAUGGGAGAAGCUGGCUAAGGUUUGCGUUUCGCGAAAACGGGCCGAUGUGGGCGCAAUCUGUUUGAGCAAAAUGGGUAACAUUAAGGGCGCGCUAAUGUUGCGUCAAGCGAUGAAUGACGACAGCAUGGACGAUACUUGUAAAGUGGCAGUGCUGGCCGUCAAUCUGGGCAUGCUUGGGGAGGCUGAACAGUUGUUCAAGGAGUCCCAUAGGCCCGACCUUAUAACGCGUUUGAAAUCGGCUAAAGAGGGCGGGCUUACCGAAAUUAUAAAUGGCGAUAACGACGGCGAGAAUGUUCUACUGAUCAAAAGUGCACAGCACAAGCUGGCAAAAGUGCUGUGGGCCAAUGGGGAAACUGGAGCCGCGCUGAAGCUCUUCGAGAGCGCUGGGACCCUAGUACCGCAUCUGCCCAGAAUGUUGAUCGCGCAAGGGCAGGCGCCAGUGCUUGAGCAAUACGUGACGAACUCAAACGACAGCAAACUCAUAGUCUGGUGGGGCCACUACCUGGAGAGCAGGAUAGAAGAAGCGGAGAAGUUGUGCCAAAAAAACUCCUCUUCAAUGUAUCAAAUGGCACGCUAUUUGGAAAUGAACAACAAGGAGCCUGAUGCCGCAGUGAAGAUGUAUAUAAAGUGUGGGGCGAUUUCGUCCGCUAUUCGAGUAGCGGCGGAGGCGAGCGCCUGGAACCUAGUAUGGAGAGCUGGUUCUGCGUCUUCGAGGCAUUCCGUAUACGCGGCCUCCAUCCUAGAAAAUGCCGGCCAGAACGAACAAGCGAUCGCGUUGUAUCAAAAAGCCGGCAAACCGCACAUGGCGUUGAAACUGGCUCUGAGCUGUGGCGACACCAACUCCUUGAUCACCGCUGUGGAAACUCUCGGUGAUCGCAUCGAUCCCGAACUAGCUCACACUUUGGCCGAACACUUGAGAAAAACCAAUCACCACUCACACGCAGCCGCGUUGCUCGCGACAGCCGGCAAGUACGAGGACGCACUGGACAUCGUGGAAGAGUCGGCGGCGCCGCUCAGCGAGGAGCUGAGCGAGCGUCUGGCGGCGCCAGCUGGGACUGAGGGGCGGGUGGCGCUGCUGAGGAGGUUGGCCGACGUGCUCGGCGCCCGGGGACUCUACCACCAGGCGGCAAAGCGACUGGCACACGCCGGCGACAAGGCGGGCGCGAUGCGUUGGCUGCUGCGCUCGGGCGACGCGGACCGCGUGGCGAUGUUCGGCGCGGCGUCCCGCGACCGCGUCGCCCAGCUGAUGGCGGCCGACUUCCUGCGGCGGCGGGCGGCGUGGCGCACGCGGCCCGACCUCGCGCGCCACAUACUGCACUUCUACACGCGCGCGAAGGCGUACGCUAAGCUGGCCGCCUUCUACGCGGAGUGCGCGCACGCGGAGGUCGAGGACUACGACAACUAUGAAAAAGCUUUGGAAGCACUAAAAGAAGCUACUCGUUGUAUAGCAAAAUCUUCAGAUCUCGAAAUUGGAUCUCAAACCAUAGCUCUACAAGAACAAUCCUCUUUUUUAAAGCGCUUUGUGGAAGUAAAAAAGCUUCUUGAGGCAGGAGAUAUAAAUGCAGGUGUUGCCAGCGGCCAACAGCUGAUUCACGCAAUAAGUGGUCGGCCAGGAUUGCUGUCUGAAGAAAAAAUACUCAAACUAUUAAUUCAGUAUGCACCCGAUCAUCACGAUGCGGACCGGCUACAGCAGCGGCUAAACACCCUGCAGCAAAAACCACAACAGGAAAGCCAGUCUACGGAUUCACCAGAAGAAAGUAUAGAAGAAGUAAUU